AAAAAUCGAUAACAAUGAAGAUACUUGUGGUUGUAACGUCAGUACUGGUGUUGGCAUCAGCAAUCAGGGUAGACUCCAAGGUAAAAAAGAUCAAAGGGAUUAAAGCUACAAGGAGACAAGAUAAUGGACUUCUUCGAUUAAGCUAUGGAUUACCGCAAGAGCAGUCGCAAAUUUAUGGACCUCCACCGGAAUCUCAUCCCGUUCAGGAGAAUCCUGCACCGGAUAAUCAACAUCUACUGCCGCAGGAUCAUCGUCAGCAAUGGAUACCGCAAGAGCAGCAUCAUCAUUUGGUACCUCAAGAUAGCCUUCAUCAUCAUCAUCAUCAGUUACCUCAGGAUCAUCAAGAUGCCAUACUGUUUCCUCAUCUGCAUCCCGUCGGUCAUCCGAUUCCUGCAGUUCCAGUUCCACAACCAGUUCCAGUAGGAGUUCCUCAACCAAUCCCAGUGGGAUUCCCCCAACCAGUGCCAGUGGGAGUCCCCCAACCAGUGCCAGUGGGAGUCCCCCAACCAGUGCCAGUGGGAGUCCCCCAACCGGUUCCUGUCGCUGUUCCGGUGGUUCAGACAGUAACAAAGCCCGUAGCUGUUCCUUAUCCCGUAGAUAGACCGUAUCCAGUGCCCGUUGACCGUCCGGUGGCGGUUCCAGUGGCCGUUCCAGUCCCUAAACCUUAUCCAGUGCAUGUGGAGAAGGUCGUGCACGUCGACAGACCUUAUCCAGUUCCUGUGGAGAAGCAUGUCCAUGUUCCAGUGCAUGUGGAUCGACCUGUGCCUGUUCAUGUCCUCAAACCUUAUCCCGUUCAUGUCGAAAAACUCGUCCCAGUCGACAGACCCUAUCCCGUACAUGUCGCUGUUCCUGUUCAUGUUCCAAAACCCUAUCCUGUUCCUGUGGCUAUCCAUUACAAGUCCCAUCAUCAUCAUGGCGGGUGGUAAGGACAGUUCCAAUGGAUUAAUGGCAUUAUUUUGCGAAUACGUUGAAAUCAUAUUUGAAUAACAAAAAGAAUCAAUUGAA